UGUAUCCGAAUUUAUUGGCGGAUGCUCGUUUUGUCAUUUAGUCGUGGAAGGUGACUGAUCUGGGGUCCUAUUCGUCUCAUUCCAUCAUGACUGCAGAAUACAGCUUCAGAAACCGCGUAAAUAAACAAGAACAUUACUGUUCAUUCAUGGAGGAUCUACCCAGGCUUAUAAGAGAGUUGUACGGUUACUUGAUUCAGAUGGAAAUGAUUGCUGAUGACAUGGAUGAGGUCCAGAAGAACACUACUGUUGGGAACAUAGUCAGCAGCUCUGUUGGUGUGCUAAGUGGCGUUUUGACCAUUGCUGGGCUGGCCCUGGCUCCUUUCACUGCAGGUGGAUCCACCAUGCUUUCUGCAGUGGGCACAGGGCUAGGGAUGACAAGUGGAGUUGGAGGAGUCCUCAUUAGCCUAAGAAAGUCUGUUCUCCACUCCAAAGAAGAAAAGAUGGUCAAUGACAUAUUGAAGGAAUACCUUACAGCUGUCCAUCCUAUUAUCAUGUUGGCCAAAGGGGAAUCUAUGACUAUAUGGAUGGAUCUUUUUGAUAACCAAGAAAUUGUGCCAAUCGUUAAAUCAGGGAUAUAUAAAUUUGCCAAACACAGAGAAAAUAUUACCGAAAUACGUAACUGUGUCAAUGCUUAUAAAGCUAUCAAAGCAAAACCAGACCUGGGAAAAAUGGCAGAGCGCUUGUGUAAGGCCAAUAGUACUGCUCUGAAAACAAGACAGGCAAACACGGUCAGGGAGAUGUUAAAGGGAACACCUGUAACCCUCUCAAGGACCACCAGGAUGAUGAAUGGCAUGGUGAAUGCAGCAUUCAUUGGAACUGAAAUCCAAUCUAUUUAUCAAGACAGCAUUGAUCUGUCAAAUGGCAGCAAAAGUGAAGCUGCUCAGAUUAUCAGGGAGAGAGUGAAGAUUCUGAGGGAGGAACUAAACGAGUGCCGACGCAUUCUACAACAUAAAUAUUCAUACUGCAACAUUACUGGUAAUCAAUUAAAAAGAUCAAAAUUAAAAUACAAUUAAGUAGGUGUUAUUGGUGGGAAGAGUAUUGCUAAGAUUUUAAAAAGUUAUUACUACUGUGAUCCAAUUCAAUACUGUAAAAUCAUGUAUUAGCGUAGUAUGAAAUCAACAAAAAAUAUCUAAGAUCCUUAGGGUAGCAAAUGGUGGAAAGCUGCUGAUUAUUUAAGAAUUUAACUGUUACGGUUUGCUUUGUGAUGUACAAAAAAAAUUCUCUUGAUAUGUACAUAUGAGAAAACUGAAUGUGAAAAAUUCAGAAAAUUAAUAAACACAUGAAUCAAUAAACACAUCACAAUGGAAUACAAGAGUAUUUAUUCCUCAUUUUCAUAUAACCCCACACUAUUAAAGAAUAAAGUUAAUUCUUUUAAUCAACUUGUUCAGUCCUGGUUCAGGGCCUCAGUAAAUCUCUUCAACCUUUUAAAGAAUGGCAACUCAUCAAAGGGCACACUGACACAUACCACACACUUGCUCUGGUCCAUCCUAGAUUGCACGUCUUUGGGUUGUAGGGAAAGAAACUGGAGGCUCCACACAAAAA